AUGCUUUGUCUUCAAAAUGCUCUAGUUUCUACCUAUAACAAUGAUAAAGCUACUUGCUCAGAAAUAGAAAACACUGCAUUUGAUUCUCAUGCAAGAUGUUAUGUUGAUUCUGGUAUAUGUAAUAUCCCAUUAGAUUGGAAAACUAUAUUUCAAGUUGUUGGUAUACAGGAUCUUGGAGGCAUGAAGAUAGUGCAAGGCAUUCAGCAAAUAAUACAAACAGUAGCUGGUUGUGCUAGCUUUACUAAAUGGUUUUCAUCAUGUGUCGGUUGUUUGGGAAACUGCUGGACCACCUAUCAAACAUGUUGGAAUAAUUGUAAUGGAAAUGCUCAAGCAUAUUGUGAAUAUUUAGAGGCUCGAAAGCUAUUUAAAGCAAAAGCUAAAUAUUUGCUUGUUCUAUUUGAACUAUUGCAAUUUGUUUCUGAAGAAUCAGAUUAUAAAAAUGCUUUUGUAACAUAUGAUAAAAUUAAAGAUGAAG